AUGAGGACUGUGGAGGGUGGGGAGAAAUGUCUAGCAGGCAAGGCGGGUGGGGGAACCUGGUGGGACUGUACAGCAGGUGGGUCGGGGCAGGCAGCCCAGUGGGGCUGCGGGUGGCCAGCAAGGGCGGGUGGCCAGCAAGGGCGGGUGGCCAGCAAGGGCGGGUGGCCAGCAAGGGCGGGUGGCCAGCAAGGGCGGGUGGCCAGCAAGGGCGGGUGGCCAGCAAGGGCGGGUGGCCAGCAAGGGCGGGUGGCCAGCAAGGGCAGAACUGGAAAGGGCGCGUGUGCAGCAAGGGAGGAACUGGAAAGGGCGCGUGUGCAGCAAGGGAGGAACUGGAAAGGGCGCGUGUGCAGCAAGGGAGGAACUGGAAAGGGCGCGUGUGCAGCAAGGGAGGAACUGGAAAGGGCACGUGGGCAGCAAGGGAGGCACUGGAAAGGGCGCGUGGGCAGCAAGGGAGGCACUGGAAAGGGCGCGUGGGCAGCAAGGGAGGAACUGGAAAGGGCACGUGGGCAGCAAGGGAGGAACUGGAAAGGGCGCGUGGGCAGCAAGGGAGGAACUGGAAAGGACAGGUGGGCAGCAAGGCUGGAACUAAAAAGGAUGGGUGGGCAACAAGGCUGGAACUGGAAAGGACGGGCACGCAACCAUGUAUGA